UUUAAAUGUUUUCAUUUUCACUUGUAAAAAUCAUGUUGAUUAUGUUGACUGGUUAAUUUAUUUCUUAUUUAAUUAGUAUGUUUAAUUGUUCUUUCAGUAAAUUAAUUGGUAAUUCAUUAUGAGUCUAUUUAGGCAAUCGAUGCGAUUGCUUAGAGACAAUCGAGUCUCAUCCACCAUGAUCGCUUCCAGUGGAUUUGUUUACUCUCGGUGUUAUAACUUAUCACCUUUAUUAUCAUCUUCUUGUACUCUGACCUUAAUUAAAUCAUAUAAAACUGUAUCUAAGCCUGGUAAACCUUUUGAACGAAUGUAUCCAACUGGACGUUCUGUGGUUUUCCAUUUGAAACGAUUAUCUGAUUCAAUGAAGCUACAAGAGAUUGAAGGAUCAGCCAUUCUUGAAGAUUCUACUUUUAAAGAUAUAAUUCAAGAUUUAGUCAUUAAUUUAGAAAAUACUUCAUUGUUUUACAAUUAUUCGAUCAACGAUUUAUGUUCUAUAUAUCGUAGUUUACUGGAGAUUGGCCUGGAAAAGAACCAUGAAGUAAUUGACCUUUUGGAGCAAAUGAUUUGUAAUGGACUUGAUGAAGCGACGAUAAGUGAUUUUCGUAUUCUAAUUGCUAUUCAUCAUCUCAUCUAUCAAACGAAAAAUGGUAAAAAAUUAUUCAGUGAAAUAUCUUACCGAAUGGAGCAUUUGAUUUCCAAUAUGAAUUUAGAACAAUUAAUUGGACUAUUAAGCUCACCAGUUGAUCGAAUGCCAACUAAUUUCCUGGAGAAAGUGGAGCAAACAUCAACCAUCGCAAUCUCCCAAAUAACUGAUCAUAAACCUUUCGCUGGACUUUAUUUGAAAUUUUUCGUACGAUUGGCCAAUUAUGGUCGUCGACCUUUACCCCUGUUACAUGCAUUAAAAAACGGACUCAAGGAAUGUGACCUAACCGAUUAUCCGGAUCCUUUGCAUCUAAUCAACACAAUCGCUGCUCUAAACAAACUUAACUAUUCUGAUCUACUUUUAUUGCAGAAAAUUGAAGCCUCACUAAUCAUCAACGAUAAUCUGAAACUCGUUAAAAUCAAUGGACUUUCUGCUUUACUAACUGCCGCUGGUAAAAUGAAUUGGAGAUGUGAUUCAAUUUUAAAUCAAGUGUCACAAUUUAUUCUCGAUGAAAGUUUACCCCUUCGGCAACAAGAGAUGGUCUCAUUUGUUUUGGCCGCGUCCAAAUUAAACUUUCACCACGAUCUAUUACCUAAUCUAUUGAGUGAGAAAAUAUUACCUCAAAUUGAUACAAAAUCUUUAACCGAUUCAUCCAUUUACCUUGAUUUCGUCUGGUCCCUGGUGAUCAUGGGACUAGUUCCCGUUAAUAUGCUUGAAUCCAUUUGCAAUCCAUCGUUCAUUCAAAUGUUAAAAUCCAACAAGAACCCGGAAGCCAAAUUUUCCAAAUGGAAACUGGCCAAUAUUUUGACCUUCUCUCGAUUAAAUAAUAUCAAAGUCAAUGAUAAUAUCGAUUUAUCAAGUUUCCAAGCUCCACCGAGAAGUAUUGAAUCAACUAAUCAGGGAGCUUUUACCACCGAAAUGUUAACCAGUUUCAUCGCCAGAAAACAAGAUUUAAUUACUAAUUUCGAAUCACCAGUUGGUUGUCUUAUUGAUGCUGAAUUCAUUAUGAACAAAGAUUUAAAAGUAUUACCAAUCAGUGAUUUCGGAAACCAUGUUAAUCCAUUGAAAGAUGUACCCGCUGAUUAUAAAAGAAUUAGUAUAAUUGGAUUUGGUUUCAAGGAUUUAAUCAUUAAUGAUUCCAGUCUAAUUGGACCGAGGAGAUUUGUUGUUGACGCUUUAAACAAAUUGGGAACCAAUGUAAUUGUUAUUAGAUCUAAUGAUUUAAAUCAACAAAUGAAGCCCGUUGAUAGAGUUAAAACCCUUCGUACUAAAAUAAUUGAGAUUUUUUCUUAGUCAAAAAUUUUGAAUGUUAAAUAAAUUUAAUUGGAAAACAAUUAACAA